AGAUCCUGUCCAUUAAAAUCACUUAAUUUGAUAUGUUUACUUCACAGGCAUUAUUCUAAGUGUUUGUGAAUACUUAAAUUUACAUCCAGUUCACUUACGCCUCAUGCAAACAGACAAUCUUAGGGCUUGAUUGACAUGACAUGAAGUUUAUUUUUCUUUUUCAGUCUUCAGCCUGUUGUAGAAACACUGGCUUUGAAACAGCUUUUGGCGGGAGGAUGUUGAGGAUGCAAAGAACAUUUGCUGGAGGGGUUAUAAGUGCUUAAUUUAAAAGAAAAUAUCCUCAAAAAUAAGUCCAAUUCAUAGAAAAACUGACCAUUCUCAGCAUAAAUUUUGGUGGUGAGUUUGUAGUCUUUUGAUUUAGGAAAAAAUGACAUUUUAUCUUAACAGGAAGCAGAUAUUGCCGUUUGGAUUAAGCAGCUAAUAUGAAGUCUGACUUGUUCUCUUUACAUAUUAAGAUUAUUUAGUAUUUCUUAGUUAAAAACUUCCUGCAGAUUUUCUCCUUUACUGGAAAAUACAUCAUCAAUGUUUCUUGAACUUCUCAAAGCUGCAUACCAAAGCAUGAUAUGUGACACCUAAGUGGGUUUAUCAUGCUCAUUUGUACAGAUCUUGAACAAGAAUUUGGCAUGACCGCAGGAAAACUUUCCCUUCAGUAUGUUAAUGUUUACCUGCAGCCUUCCACUGUCAAACUCUGCACAUGCAUAGCUCUGGUUUAAAAUAACCGUAAAGAAGUCAGAGACAUGACCUUUGAACAAGAGACUAACCUUGUUGAUAGGCUUCAGGAAUGUUAAAGACUUCCAUUUUUCUUGUUCUGGUCACAUUUGUCUUAUACAUUCCUUUAAAUCUAAACCUUACACAACUUCUGUACAUCUUCUCUAAGCAUCAUGCCUCCUUUUAAACAGCUCACCACAUGAUUUAUUUCCUCACCUGCCCCACUGUUUACCUUUAGAUUAGAUCACUCACCCUUUUUAAGCCCCCCCACUCACUCCAUAUCUUACCAAAAUAUCAAAAUAUGCCAGCAGAGGUUUAGACUGUGAUAACUAAUAACAUAUGUCAGUGUUGAAGCCAGGGUUAAAACAAACCAAAGCAAACAGUCCAUUAGUGCAGACUGCCAACAGUCCUCCAGACUCUGGGAAAUCUCAGAACACUGUCAUGGUCCACGUGUUCAUGACCUGGGACACUUGACCCUUUGUAAGAAACUCCUAAAUCCCAGUCCUGUUUGUGUUCUCCUGACUCAAAGGUACACUCGGUUCAGAGAAAACAUUAGAAGCCAAAUGAAGAUUAGUGAUUUACAUGUUUUCGAUUAAUGUCAAGAUCUAUGAUUGGAGGUUUGGCAGUCUAAGUUUGUGAGAGCACUGGCAAGGCGGUCUGUGGUGUGUCAGUCCCUCCGUGGUUAUUAUGACAAACUCCCUCCACAUUUUUAAUGCCCCACACACCCUGCUUAGACAGAGCCAGAAACAGGGAAACGUGCCAACGUAUGCUGCUCUGUUUCUUUAUGCCUUUAUCUUCAUUUACAUUUUACAUGCGUGUGUGUUUCUGCUAGAAGGAGAAAGAUACCGACCCACAAUCCCCUCACCUGAAUGCUGACGACACAUCAGAGACAUCUGAGAGAGAAGAGGACAUGAUACACAAGAGAAGAUUUCUCCAUCAUCUGACAUGUUGAGCUUUGACAUGGGAUGAGUUCCUGACAUCAGUGACUCGAGCGCCUCUCCAGAGGAACUUCCUGUUUACGACCAGCUGUGCCCUGCGUAUCCUGGCUGAAAGCCCUCCAGAUCCUGGCCUCUAAGCCUCGAACCCUAACCCUGGAGGGGUGGGGGGGUCCACUGGGUGAAAAUGCGGGGCACCACCCUCUUCGCCCUGCUGACGGGGGUUAUGCUGUACCUGGUGAUGGGUGCGCUUGUUUUUCGCACCUUGGAGGACCCAGAAGAGAAGUUGGCAUACAAAAACCUGCUCACCACCAGGCAAACUUUCCUGGAGAAUAAAUCCUGUGUCACUGAAGUGGAGUUCCACAACCUUGUCAAGGGAGUAAAAUAUGCAGUAGAGGCUGGCCUGGAUCUGAGCAGCCUUCCUGCCAACUUCACCAGCCGCUGGGACAUCGCCUCUGCUUUCUUCUUCUGUGGUACCAUCAUUACAACCAUAGGUUUUGGGAACCUGUCCCCUCGGACAUGGUAUGGCCAGUUGUUCUGUGUGUGCUACGCUCUGGUGGGAAUCCCCAUGUUUGGCAUUCUACUCGCUGGCGUGGGCGACCACAUGGGCACAGUGCUGCGAAGAGCCGUGGCCAAGAUUGAGACCCUCUUCCUGAAGCGUAAAGUGAGGCCGACCACUGUGCGCGUGAUCUCUGCAGUUCUUUCCAUCCUGGUUGGCUGUCUGAUCUUCCUUGCAGUUCCAACAGUCGUGUUUCAAAAAGUGGAGGAUUGGACAUUUUUGGAGUCACUCUACUUUGUGGUCAUCACCCUCACCACUGUCGGCUUUGGAGACUACGUACCAGGUGGUGGUCGGACAGGUGGCAUGCUCUUCAAGCCUCUGGUGUGGCUGUGGAUCGUAUUCGGACUCGCUUACUUUGCCUCCAUCCUCACUAUGAUCGGAAACUGGCUGAGGGUGCUGUCUAAGAGGACACGUGCCGAGAUGGAGGAGUUGAGGGCCCACGCUACAGACUGGACCCAGAACAUCCAGAACAUGUCCAUGGACUUCCGCAUCCCAAACCCUCUGGAGUUCAACGACCCUUUCCUCCUGCAGCGCCGGCGCUGGAAACGCAGCGAGCGUCGACGUAUUCGGCGGGGAGCCCAGGGUACUUUGGGACACUGGCAGCGAGGAGGAUCUGAAAACGGACACCUUCCAAACCGCUGGGCCGGCCUCUCGAGCUCCAUGAGCCAGCUGGAGGCACAUUCAUCUCUGGAGAGGGCGGCGGCUGACAAGCCCAGGCCGCGGAUCAGUGUUGAUGGUGUCCUGAGGGCGGUGCCUGCUGUAAGAUUUGACCCUGCUGUGAGUGUCCAGGUAGAAGGCAGGUCGUUUCCUCACCCACUGGGCCGCUCUUUCUCCCUCCCUGUGGCCCCCUCCACCUCAGAGCUGGACUCAGCAGGUGCAGCUGUGCCAGAAGGAUCCAUUUCUGGAUCUGAGUCUUCUUUUGACUCCAGAUCAGACUGCUCCUCUGUCUCCUCAUCCUUCUUGGCAAUCCACAGCCUCCAGCCCUGUUUUACGCUACAGGAAGAGGAAGGAUCAAGAGCUGCAGACAUGAAUGCAGCAAAGGAGAAAGAAAAAGUUAUUCUAACAGAGAAGUGUGCAUCUGUAGUAAACAACGGCCUCCAUUGUAAACCUUCCCCAGCUUUUCCCCGUCGCUCCUCCUCCCCUUAUCCCCCUUUUCUUCCUUCUUCAAGCAACCCAAUCCUGUUUCCCUCGGUCCCCCUCAACAUCGCCACCUCAUCCCCUGGCUGCCAACUGCUGGACUUCUUUGGAGAGAACCUAGCGUACAUUGACGAGUCUUCAGACACUCUUAGUGACCGCACCCAGUCAGCGGCAAACGAAGAGAGGAGGAGGAGGCCAAGAAAGCCCAAGAGGAGGAGCAUGAGGAGGCAGCUGCCUCAUAGACUGAGCCCUGCACAGGUGAGGAGGCCCAGCAGUGAUAUACAGCCACCAUCAAAUCCCCCGACACCACCUCCAGACUCUUCUCAUUCAGAUCUACGGCCAUCCGAGAAGCAGACCGGGUUGCACUCAGAGAGCAGCCACACCCAGCACGCUGAUAAAGGGUUGAGAGGUGAUGGAGCGGACUAAUUAACUUUAAAACUGUGAUGUCAAACACAAACACCACAACCAAAUCUCACCAUCAUGAAUGUAUUCUAUGUUACAGAAUGUUUUUUUUUUUGUUGUUCUUGCAGCCUCACCAAGUCAGCACACAAAUUUUGCUGUUACUUUUGAUCUUAGAGAACUUGAAGAACAUUUGCUCAAGAAAUUGGACAACUAAUUUAAAGCAAGCCUGUAUCAUUGGUGGUUGACACAUUUUACCCUCAAACAUGGGAGUAAGAAGACAUGAUCUUGUUCUUAGACAUACCUGCUAGUUUUCAUUAACUGGUAUUUACCUCAGUUUUUAAAUGACAAGAACAACAGAGUUUAUGGAUCAUACACACAAUGGAACAAUAUCACUAAUUUUGGACAUCUGACAGUUCAGUUCUAACAUUUUAGUCCGGCUUAAGUCUAUUUGACACUCAUUACCAAAGAUCUAUACUUAGCUGGUCUUUGUCAAGUCUUUCUCAUAGAAAAAAAGUUAGUUGAAUUUAUUUUAGUCAUAAUUUUAGUCAGUGAAAUAACACUGAUUGGAAUGUUAACAGUUUAUGAGGUUAGAUGUAAACAGGUUUUAUUAACAUCAUAAAUAUCCUAGAGGAGGCCCUAUCCAAACCUAAUUGAAACUUGAUACUUGUAUCAAAUUUUAAUAGGCAUUUAAUUUUCAUUAAUCAUGAAAUUCGUCAGUUUCAGCAAUAAACCUGCUACCCUUUUGCACCUUUUGAUUUGAUAUUUUGUUUCAGCUUUUGAAAACAAUCACAUUCUAAUUUUAUUGACAUUUUUGCAGUGUCACAAUUUUUUUAAAUAAAUUUCUAUAGUUAUGGGCCCCGUAGCAGCCCAAAUUUUGGUUGAAGUUUGUCUGACAAGUAGAGUUAACACAACUUAAGUUGUUAACAAGUUCGCUUGUGUCGUUUUAAAAUGUGAAAUAUAUGACACAAUUGUCUCAUCAUGUGUAAAAAUAAAAGUAUAGGUUUUUUAAUGUUGACCUAAACAUUUCUAGAUGAUUCUAUAGCAAAUUUCAUAAUGAUGAUAAAUAAUGGAAAACACAUUUCACUCUAAUAAAAGGCAAAAGUCCCCCUCUAGAUGGUGCUAGAGGAGAAGUCAACAGAUCACUGAGGUUUCAAGUGUUCAUAGUUUAAAUAGUUUAAAGACAUAAAGAUAUUUCAUAAGCAGGACAGACUAAUAUUUUCCAGUCACUCCUAUAUUUAUCUAAAAAAAAAAAAAAAAAAAUUUAACUGUUUUCACACAGAGUAGAGUUGGCCUCUACAAUGUGGGACUCACAGUGCAUUUUAAUAGGAGGUCACAAAUUUCACUUUUUCACGACUUAAAUGUGUUCAUACUGUCUUCAUCAAUCUAGAACCAUUACAUAAUGUGUUCAAAAUAAAUGAUUUUUACUCCUGCCUCUCAAAAAUGGCCCAAAACUGCCAAUUUCUUUUCUUUUUGUUCUUGUGAAUUAGGUUACAUAACAUGGGAAGAGUUAGGAUUUGGUGUCAGAGCUGUAACUUUUUUAAGGUUACUGUCAGUUUGGCUAAACAUAUACUUUUAAAAAAUCCAUUCAAUUGUCAACAUCUUAUCUUUUUGUUUGUUUGUUUGUUUGUUUGUUUGUUUGUUUUCUUACUUGCCCAAAUGGGAUUUUGAAAAAAAUAAAUAAAUAAGUAAAGCUGCUUUGCUUUCCAAUGGAGUUCAAACUCCAAGUGAGCUGUCAUGUGUUUUCCACUAGGAGAGAGUAACGUCUAGCCACUCUGCCAUAAAGCCCAGAUCAGUGGAGGUCUGCAGUGAUGGUUGUCCUCCAGGAACUUUGUCCCAUUUCUACACAGGAUCUCUUGGAGAUCAGUCAGAGUGACCAUCAGGAUCUUGGUCACACAUCUCUCAAAGCCCUUCUCCCCCAAUUGCUCAGUUUGGCGGGGUGACCAGCUCUUGGAAGAGUCCUGGUUGUGCCAAACUUCUUCCAUAUGAGAAUUAUGGAGACCACUGUGCUCUUGGGAACCUUCAGAGCA